UAUUUGUACACAAAGACAGUUGAUCCACAACCAGCCCAAUAAUAUAAUGUAAAGUAGGGUCAUUUCUUGAAUCUCUAAUUGGUGAUAAGAUUUUGCCAGCAAAUCUUGCUCUAGAGGGCCAGUUUCUCCAUGAUCUCAAUGCCUUUAGUUUCACUAUAUAUGCUCAUAUCUUCUUGAUCUUCAUACAUAUGUAUAAACUACUACAUUGGUAUCGGAGAAAUCUAGGAACAUAAAUCUCGAAUAGUUUCAAACAUGUUUCCUCUACAACACAGCGGUAAUCAGUUCCAGGGGCCAUCAGCUCUUGGACAGGAUUUGAGUGUAGAUCGUGCUUUCUUGGACAGCAGUAGUAACCUCGUCGCAAGAAGUACCAAAAAGAGACAAACAAGGGCAAAAUCAGGUUUCCAGGAACCUAAUGAUUGCAAGCUGAGAAAGAUUGUGCACAGAGAUAUUGAGAGGCAGAGAAGGCAACAAAUGGCCAGUCUAUACGCUUCCCUUCGAUCCCUUCUUCCUCUUGAGUACAUCAAGGGUAAACGCUCGAUCUCUGAUCACAUGCAAGAGGCCGUGAACUACAUAAAACACAUGGAAAAGAACACGAAAGAGCUGCGUAUGCGGAGAGAUAAGCUUAUGAAGAGGUUGUCCAAAAGAACUGGCUCAGAAAUUAGUGUUAGAUUACCAAAUUGCGUAACGGUGAGUUGUUGCCCUAAUGGCGGCGCAGUGGAGAUCUUAAUCAGCUGCGCCAGCAAAGAGCAACAAGGGUUUCCUCUCUCCAGGGUGCUCAUGGAACUGCUCAACACAGGACUCAAUAUUGUCAGCUGUAUUUCUACCAAAGCCAAUGACAGAUUUCUGCACAGAAUCCAAACCGAGGUCAAUGAUCUGAUAUACAUUAACUUGCCUGAGCUUCAACAAAGACUGGCUAACGUGGUCAACGUUGCAUGAAAGUCCUCUGGCUGACUCAGAAUGAAUAAUUGUCAUCAAUAAUUCUGGCAAUUAAGAUGUGUUUAGAGUUUUGAAUUUUCGUUCAGGUACAUAUAUAAAUGUUAUAAUUGUAAUGUCGUCUUUGUUUGAUGAUUAAAAAGAUAAUAGGAGAUUGA